CCCCAGCAGCUAAAUCUAUGGCUGACGAACUUUGAAUUAGAGAUAAAAGAGAUAUAGAGAGCCACUGGGAAGAAGAAGAAGCUCAAUUUCAAGAGAGAGAAAGAAGAGAGAGAGAGAGAGAGAAGCGAGACAGUGUGUGUAGGUUGUUGGAAGAAAAUAGAGGAAAUAUUCUCCUUAGCUUUCAAAAGGUGUUUUGGUGUUUUGCUCUUUAGAUGCCAAAUUACAUACAAAACCAAACCAGUUCAUCAUCAUCAUCAUCGUCUUCCUCAGCAUCAUCGUCGUCGUCAUCAAAAAAACUGUUGUUUGCUUCUGCUUCUGCUUCUGCAUCCAGUCUUUAGUUACGUUCUUGUGGAUUCAAAUUAAAGCUUUCUUCUGGCGUUGGAUGCUUCCUGUUUGGGUUUAAUUUCUGCUUCUUCUUCUUCUUCUUCUUCUUCAUCGAUCUCAAUGUUGACAUUUGAAUAACUCCAAACCCAGAUUAGAUUAUCUGUUUGUUUUAAUUUGGGGAAACUAGCUAGCUUCUGUCCACCGAUUUCUCUUUUGUUUUCUACCACUUUCUUUCUCUUUGCUUUCUUUUUGUCCAUUUUUAUCUCCCUCUCUUAUCCCAACCCCAUCUUCAAGAACACACACAUACAUAUACAUAUAUAUACAGACAGAUACAUACACUCCAACGAUGUCUGGUGAUGUUUUUUCUUCUACUCCCAUUUCCUCAGCUCCACCCACAGCAAUUUUCAGUCAAUUAGAAUCUGAACCAAACCCAAACCCUAACCCUAAACCCAAUUCCGCGAAGAAGAAACGCAGCCUCCCGGGGACACCAGAUCCAGAUGCAGAAGUGAUCGCCCUCUCCCCAAAGACACUGAUGGCGACGAACAGGUUCAUCUGUGAAAUCUGCAACAAAGGGUUCCAGAGGGACCAAAACCUGCAACUUCACAGAAGAGGGCACAAUCUCCCAUGGAGGUUGAAGCAGAGAGCCAACAAGGAUCAGAUCAGAAAAAAAGUUUACAUCUGCCCGGAAAAGACGUGCGUCCACCACGACGCGGGUCGAGCCCUGGGAGAUCUGACGGGCAUCAAGAAACACUUCAGCAGAAAACAUGGGGAGAAGAAAUGGAAGUGUGAGAAAUGUUCGAAGAAAUAUGCAGUUCAAUCUGACUGGAAAGCCCACUCCAAAACCUGUGGGACGAGAGAGUACAAAUGCGACUGCGGAACCCUAUUUUCCAGGAAAGACAGCUUCAUCACACAUCGAGCUUUCUGCGACGCAUUGGCUGAGGAAAAUGCAAGAAUCACUACAAUUGGGGCUAACAAUCUCAGCUUCAGACAUGAUCAUCAUCAUCAUCUCAUCAAUCCUCACCCUAAUUUGCAACAAGGACUCUCCAAUACCGCCGGAAUUAUCCCCGCCGCCGGCGGCCGUUUCGCCGGAAAUUUGCUCCUCGGAGACCCUAAUCACCACAAGCCAAGAUUGCCCCUUUGGUUGGAGCUCGACCAUCAUACCUUCGACGAUCAAAAUCCCAAUCUUAAUUUCAUUACAUCCAAUACUUCAACCACUCCCCAUCUCCCCGACAUUAUCCACAUCCCUUCCAACAAUCUUUUCGGACCAAACUAUGCCAAUUUGUCACUAUCCCCAUUGAAGGAGGAGCCCCAAAGCAGCAAAGGAAUUGCCAAUUCCACGGCAAUGGCGGAUUCGUUAAUCUCCCUUUACUCCGACACCCAAAGCAACCUCCAUCCGCCGGCGCCGGCGCCGCCAUUGUCGGCGACUGCACUCCUCCAGCAAGCUGCUCAGUUAGGCUCCACCAAAAGCGCCUCCUCGCCGUUCCUCGGCGGCGCUUCCGCCGCCGUCGGAGUAAUGAAUUCUUCCAACUCCCCUUCGUCGUCUUCCUCGACGACGAACACGCUUUCAACAUCAUCUUUCAGCAGAAGCGAGCUGCACCAGGUGUUUGCCCAACAACAGCCGCCGCCGGAGAAUAAUCCGGCCACCAAAUCCGCCGACGAUUUGCUGAAUUUCAGCGCUGCCAUUGAAAACAGCAAUCUUCAUCAUUUCCAGCAGCAGUCGGCAGCAUCAGCUGGAGCUAGUGUCAAUGCAAUGAACUUGAACUUGCAUUCGGGAUUAAUGCACGGCGUGGAGCAUAGUUUUACGAGAGAUUUUCUUGGUAUGGGCGGCGACGGCGGCGGGGGAGGCGGCGCCGGCGCCGGGCCGUACUUGUCGCAAGAGCUGGCUAAAUUGGCGUCCAUGAGUUCAGCCAUGGGGCUCAGCCAUUACACCGUCAACCACUAGCAGCCAGCCGCCAGUUCGAUAUGUGUAAUAAAUAUCCCUUCCCAAAAAAAAAAAAAAAAAAAACAUUUUUAAUUUUAAAUUAUUAAUUAGCUCUUUUAAAUUCUACCGUGUAAUAAUAUGCGACAAUUUUAAGGUUUUCUUGUAGCA